AUGCUGGGCCCCACUGCUAUGGGGUGCAAUGGGGGGCUGCUCUCGGGGGCUCGCCUGGGCUGCCGGCUACGGGAGGAGGAUAUGGGGCGGCACGAGAGCUUCAGUGCUGAAUGGUUCGACCUGGAGCUCAGCACCCGGCCUGAGGAGGGGUGGUGCCGUCGGGAGGUGGACGAGCAGCGCCGGGAGACGCUGGAGCAGCGCGGGGAGGUGCGGGUGCUGCAGCAGCGCUCGCCAUGGGGCGUGCUCCGGGUCGGCUCUAUGGGGCAGCCCCUGACCCAGCACCUCCUGCCCUAUGCCCGCACCCUGCCCCUGCCCCUCUUCGCCCCACAGGACCUCCGUGGGGCCAAGAGUGGGGUCCCACGCACCCUGUCCCGCUCCUUGUCCCAAGAGGCCCAGAGGGGCUGA